AUGCCAAUCUUGAAUGGUCCGGCGCAGGAGGCGCCGGUGCCUCGCGACUCUGCUGUCCCUGGCAACAAGCAAAAGAAACUUGAGACGCGCAGCAUAGAACCCCAGAUGCCUGCUGAUCCCAAUCUGGCAAACCCGCGACUAUUGCUUAACGGAGCCUGUAUCUACGAGCGUCAACUGCCCGGCGACGCAUACAUCACGGCGCAUGUCCAGCGACUGCAGCAUGGAUUUCACUCCAGCCCUGCCGUUUCCGACAAGGACUACGAUCACGUAGACUUCCUCGGGAUCAAUUUCGUCUUCCACUCACCCAACACUUUGGCGCAUCGGUUCAAGGCGGCCACAAUUAGAGCCUCUGUGCAGGGCACCCGACACGUCGCUUCGUCGGAUCAUUACCCGAACGGCUACCCGCCGGGAAACCCGCGCUUCCUCAUGCAUGCACCACAUCUGAUCUUCGGCGCUAUAUCGCCAGAGACACUGCAGUGGAACUACAGCUUGACAGGAUCACUGGGAGUUGUCGACUUGCCCGUGAUGGCGAGCCUCUCCCCCACCGGUGGUAUUAAUGGCCGAUACAGACGCUAUGAGAUGAUGAGAAUUCAAGGAUCAGUCCGGACUCUGAAGAGCCCACGAGGGCGCAAGUUCGACAUCGACGCCGGAGAAAUUGUUUGGUCGCUGGAGGAGAACAAUUUGCAGAGAUCGGGCCUGCCGCGGGAGUUCACCUUUGCCAUGCUGAUCCAGAAACCGCGCGCAGACAGCCGCAUUGUUUUCUCCUUGGACAUCGAGCCCACCCUACAGUCGUGGUACGGCAGCUACCCUGACUGGUGGUUAUCUUUGCCUAAGUAUCAGCCUCAGAGUCGACGGCCGGUGGACUUUAGAUCAGAGGUCGGUCAGCGCUUUGAGCCCGCCGAAUCAAAGAAAGGGUUCAAUUUCGCGACUCUUGAAAGCUCUUUCGAUGACUAUAUCCCAUCUGACGGAGGAGUGCUGCAAGACGACAACGACACCCUUCAAGACACCAACCAUGACCGCACCAUAGUCGAGCCAAUACGGGGGGUCGCGAGAUUAGCAUAUCCCAAUACCCUCGCCGGCGCAGCAGCAACAGCAACCUCAGCACCAGCGCCUGGCGAGCCGGCCCUCAUCGCACGCCGCGGAACCCUCGGCUCAGACCGGAGCGCCCUGACCAUCCACCUCCUGAUGGACAACCAGAUGCCUUCGCCCCUGUCAAGUCUGCGCGGGAGCCGACCCUCACCCAAACUCACCAGCCAUAGCAACAUUCAUGGCAAUAGCGCUACCAAGCAGGAUAAAGCUGAUCGCCGAGAGUCCCCUAGGGCACUGCCAGCAGCCACCAUCCCAGCACCGCCUCAGCGCCAGACAACCCUCCGUAGGACAAGAUCGCGAGAGGGACUAAAUCGAAAUCUGAAUUUGGAUCAUCAUCAUCAUCCGAAACCGCGUCCCCAAGUAUCCGACCGGCGUUUUAACUGA